AAUUACACCAGAAUAUUCAUGUAGAAAAUGCAGGGAGCACAGAUAGGUAUACUAAGGAAAUACAACUUAUUGAUAAGUCCUCUAACCCAGAGCUACCAUUAACGUUUUAAUAUUUAGUGUUUGUAUUAGAUCUUUAUCUCCAGCUCUAUCUUUAUAUGUAACUUUGUUUUAACUUUUUCUUUUCCAUAAAAAAUAGGAAUACCUGAGUAGGAGAGAAUUCUGAGUGCAGAGCAGUUGCGUGUACUUACAAGCUGUGUUUGCUCCAGUGGUCUCCCUCUCCGUGUUGUAGGAGUGUAGCAUUGUGAUAUCCAUUAGCUAAUUAAUAUUGAGAAAUGUUUUGGGAUCAGAGCGGUACUUCAGACAACCAUUUACUUUUAUUUGAAGUGGGAAGCGUGUAUUUGUUGAAAUGACCUAUCUGAUCCUUUUUAUAACUCAAAAGUUCGUGAACACCUUUCCAGUUCAGUGUCACCCACAGAGUCAUUCCUCAAACCUCUCAGCACUUCUGGGGUGUCCUCUGUUCACUGUGUGACUUUGGGUAAGUCCUUUACCUUCUCCAUUUUAGAUUCUGGAGGUGUUGGAUCAAGAGGUAAUGGUGCCCCGUUUCUGUCACUAACACCCUCCAGGAGAUGAAAAGGCUGAGGAUAUCCAUACUUGUGAUUAAUUGUGGAAAGACUGCCACAGUGUUGAGUGAAAAAACAGGAGUGUGUCCACUGAGCAGAUUAACUCCUGGCCUCCAGUCAGAGUGUGUGUGUUUUUUGUGGGAGGGGAGCUGAGGGGGAUCUGUAUCACUUUGUUUUGUCUGUUGAUGAGAGCAGCACAAUUAUUGGGGAGCCCCCUAGAAAAUUACUUUGGACAGAUCAGAGGUGGCAUUAAGGAUCUUGCGCAAAACUAAGUCUCCAGGAUUAUUCAGAGAAUCGAGACCUACUACCCUCUAGGGUUAACUCAGAAUGGACCCCAUCCUGUCUGCAGAACAGUUUGCUGGGAGACCUCCUUCCCGCUGAGCGGUGGGAUUGGGUGGUUUUGGCUUUUGUUUACAUGUUUGCCUGUCACUUGAAUUUUCUCAAGGUUUGUGUAUCAUCUUUACAAAAACAAAUAACCAGUUAGUCUGUUUUCAUUUUGGAGAUAAACUUGAAUGCCCUAAGGCAAAAACUCAAACUGCCCAGAAAUCCGGCCCUACGGAAGAGUCCUGAUGUCGGAGCCGGCCACCCGCCCUGGUCACUCAGGGGAAGAUGCCUUUGUUAGAUGUGAGUCAGUCCAGGAGCAGUCUGCAGACGUGGAUUUGGAAGCCACUGGACCAGAUCCUUUCUGAGGUCCCCUUCAGCUCUAACAUCCUCCCUUGCCAGCAUCCAGCCAUGGGGGAUAUGAAAACUCCAGAUUUUGAUGACCUUCUGGCUGCCUUUGACAUCCCAGACCCCACCAGCCUUGAUGCCAAGGAGGCCAUCCAGACCCCCAGUGAGGAGAAUGAAAGUCCCCUCAAGCCUCCAGGCAUGUGCAUGGAUGAGAGUGUGUCUUUGUCUCACUCGGGAUCAUCCUCCGAUGUGCCGGCCGUGAGCGUCAUUGUCAAGAACACCAGCCGUCAGGAAUCGUUUGAAGCGGAGAAGGACCCCAUUGCUCCCAGCCUCCUCCACAAUGGAUUCCGGGGCUCGGACCUGCCUCCAGACCCCCACAACCUGGGCCACAACUGUGGGAAGUUUGAUUCCACUUUCAUGAACGGAGAUAGUGCCAGGAGUUUCCCCAGCAAGCUAGAACCUUCCAAGUCAGAGCCGUUACCAACCUUUAACCAGUUCAGUCCAAUCUCCAGCCCAGAACCCGAGGAUGCCAUCAAAGAUAAUGGGUUUGGAAUGAAGCCCAAGCACUCUGACGGUUAUUUUCCACCCCCUCCUGGGUGUGGGCCUGUGGGGGGCCCAGUCCUGGAGGCCCUGGCUAAGUUUCCAGUCCCAGAGCUCCAUAUGUUUGAUCACUUCUGUAAGAAGGAGCCUAAGCCGGAGCCUCUGCCCUUGGGGAGUCAACAGGAGCGUGAGCGAGGAGGGCAGAAGGCGGGGGAGCCUCCCAAGGAGCUGGACACCAGUCGGUUCUUUGGGGAAGCUUUGGAAUUCAACAGCCACCCCAGCAACAGUAUUGGAGAGCCCAAGGGGCUUGCCCUGGAACUUGGCACCUGCUCGUCAGUCCCCCCGAGGCAGCGUCUGAAGCCAGCUCACUCCAAGCUCUCCUCUUGUGUUGCAGCCUUGGUGGCCCUGCAGGCCAAAAGGGUGGCCAGUGUCACCAAGGAGGAUCAGCCUGGUCACGCCAAGGAUCCCUCAGGGCCCACUAAAGAGGGCUCCAAAGGUAGCCCCAAAAUGCCCAAGUCACCAAAGAGCCCCCGGAGCCCUCUGGAGGCCACUAGAAAGAGUGUCAAGCCAUCAGACAGUCCUCGGAGCAUCUGUAGUGACAGCAGCAGCAAAGGCUCCCCUUCAGUGGCCGCCGGCUCCCCACCAGCCAUUCCCAAAGUCCGAAUCAAAACCAUUAAGACGUCAUCGGGGGAAAUCAAACGGACCGUCACGAGGAUCCUGCCGGACCCCGACGAUCCCAGUAAGUCCCCCGUUGGGUCGCCUCUAGGGAGCGCCGUCGCCGAGGCCCCGAGCGAGGUGCCAGAGGACGAGGUUGCUGCCUUGCCGGCAGUGGCACACUCUCCUGAGGGGGGCACGCGUUCCGGGAGCCCCCAGGGUGACAAGAAAGGGGACGAGAGCACAGUGAAGGCCAGCGAGUCUGCGUCUCCCUGCGGCAGCUCGGGGUCCCGGGUCCCCAAGGGGGCUGUCCCCGGCUCGCAGCCCGGCAAGAAGCAGCAGCAGAGUGCGGUACUGCAGGCCUCUGCCCCGGCCCCUGCCAGCCUCCUGCCCAAGGCCGUGCACCUGGCCAACCUGAACCUCGUCCCCCACAGCGUGGCCGCGUCCGUGACGGCCAAGUCCUCGGCACAGCGGCGGAGUCAGCCGCAGCUCCCCCAGAUGUCGGUGCCCCUGGUCCACCAGGUGAAGAAGGCCGCCCCGCUGGUGGUGGAGGUCUUCAACAAGGUCCUCCACAGCUCCAACCCCGUGCCCCUGUACGCGCCAAAUCUCAGCCCCCCCGCAGACAGCAGGAUCCACGUGCCGGCCAGUGGCUACUGCUGCUUGGAGUGCGGGGACGCGUUUGCCUUAGAGAAGAGCCUGAGCCAGCACUACGGCCGGCGGAGCGUCCACAUCGAGGUGCUGUGCACACUGUGCUCGCAGACGCUCCUCUUCUUCAACAAGUGCAGCCUGCUGCGGCACGCCCGCGACCACAAGAGCAAGGGGCUGGUCAUGCAGUGCUCGCAGCUGCUCGUCAAGCCCAUCUCCGCGGACCAGAUGUUUGCGGCCGCCCCCGCCAGCACCCCGGCCCCCGCCGCCCCGGCACCCCCGGCCUCCCCCAAACCUGGCCUCCCCCCGGGCGCUGCCGGCCCGACCCUCCCAGCUUUGCCGCUCUACCCGGACCCCGUGAGGCUCAUCCGGCACGGAGUCAAGUGUCUCGAAUGUCACAGGCAGAUACGCGACUACAUGGCUAUGGCUGCCCAUUUCCAGAGGACGACGGAGGAAAGCGAGGGGCUGACUUGCCAGGUGUGCCAGAUGCUGCUGCCUAACCAGUGCAGCUUCUGUGCCCACCAGCGGAUCCACGCCCACAAGUCCCCCUACUGCUGCCCGGAGUGUGGGGCCCUCUGCCGCUCUGCCUACUUCCAGACCCACGUGAAGGAGAAUUGUUUGCACUAUGCCCGCAAGGUGGGCUACAGGUGCGUGCACUGUGGGGUCGUUCACCUGACCUUGGCCUUGCUGAAAAGCCACAUCCAGGAGCGACACUGCCAGGUUUUCCACAAAUGUGCGUUCUGCCCCAUGGCCUUCAAGACUGCCAGCAGCACCGCGGACCACAGCGCCGCCCAGCACCCCACCCAGCCUCACAGACCCUCCCAGCCUCAUCUCUCCAGGCUCAUUUAUAAGUGUUCCUGUGAAAUGGUCUUCAACAAGAAGAGGCACAUUCAGCAGCAUUUUUACCAGAACGCCAGCAAGACGCAGGUGGGCGUCUUUAAGUGCCCCGAGUGCCCACUCCUGUUCCUGCAGAAGCCAGAGUUGAUGCAGCACGUCAAGAGCACCCACGGUGUUCCCCGAAACGUGGACGAGCUGUCAAGCCUCCAGUCUUCAUCGGACACGUCCUCAAGCCGCCCCGGCUCUCGAGUUCCCACCGAGCCCCCAGCCACGAGCGUGGCUGCUCGGGGCAGCUCCCUGCCUUCGAGCCGCUGGGGCAGGCCUGAGGCCCAUCGCAGGGCCGAGGCCAGGCCCCGGCUGAGGAACACUGGCUGGACGUGCCAGGAGUGCCAGGAGUGGGUUCCUGAUCGGGAGAAUUACGUGUCCCACAUGAAGAAGAGCCAUGGUCGGGCGUUGAAGCGGUACCCGUGUCGGCAGUGCGAGCAGUCCUUCCACACCCCGAACAGCCUGCGCAAACACAUCCGCAACAACCACGACACAGUGAAGAAAGUCUAUACUUGCGGGUACUGCGCAGAGGACAGCCCGAGCUUUCCUCGGCCCUCCCUCCUGGAGAGCCACAUCAGCCUUAUGCAUGGUAUCAGAAACCCUGAUUUGAGCCAGACGUCCAAAGUCAGACCUCCGGGUGGACAUUCCCCUCAGGUGAGCCAUCUGAAAAGACCAGGCAGCGGAGCCGGGGACGCUCCGGGCACCAGCAAUGGCGCGGCCGUCUCUUCCACCAAAAGGCACAAGUCCCUGUUCCAGUGUGCGAAAUGUAGCUUUGCCACGGACUCGGGGCUCGAGUUCCAGAGCCACAUACCUCAGCACCAGGCGGACAGCUCCACGGCUCAGUGUCUCCUCUGUGGACUGUGCUACACCUCGGCCAGCUCCCUCAGCCGCCACCUCUUCAUCGUCCACAAGGUGAGAGACCAGGAGGAGGAGGCGGCGGAGCCCGAGGAGGGCUCCGGGGAGGAGGUGUCCAUGGAGACCAGGGAGAACGGACUGGAAGAAUGUGCCGGAGAGCCUUUGCUGGGCGACCCAGAGGAGAGAUCGCGAGGCCCGGCUUCCGAGGAGGACGGUGCCCCAGAUGCUCAGAGUCCAGCACAGGCCUCUCAGGACCAGGACAGCCCCGCUCCGUCCCCUCAGGUGUGACCGGAGGCUCUGCGGUGCAUGCGGUCGGGGUGCUGCCCCGGCGUGCCCCGUCUGCCGUGUGGACAGUGGGGGAGAGAAGGCUCUGCCCCAGUGUGAGUGUGGCCAGCUGUGCCCUGGAGCCGUGUCUGCCCCGAGCUGUGGGGGGCUGGGCGUCUCCAGCCCCGGGAAAUGUGCGGUCACCCAGGACCCUCCCAGCUCCGAAUCUGCUUCUGUUAUUUAUGGCUUUGUGCUGCUUCUUGGUACCCCAACCCUUGUCUGUGUCCUUCCAACCCCAGGCCGCUUACGUGGCCCGGCCCCAACGCUGUCAACUCGGCUUGAAACCCCUCAGCACUGUGCUCUUCUGGGAGGUUCCCACGUGCUGCCUUCAGCCGGGGCUCUGGUGGGAGCCCUCCUCCCUGCCCGCAGAGCCUGAGAAGGGGGAUGCGGGUGCUGGCCGCCCCCUUGGAGAGCUCGCCCAGGCUGGCUCGGUGAGGGCCCUCGAUCGUUGCCCUUCCUUCCUGCCUUCUCUGAUUCUUUCCCCUGCAAAGUAGUCCUGGAGAAUGAAUUGUCACUGGCUCCUUCCGUCUGUGUGGGUGGGAGGAAGUUCCGCAGCAUGCCUGCUUGGAACUGGGGAGAGCAGGCGGCGCGGCCAAGGUGGGCAGACCCCGUCGGAGGGAGCUGUGCGUCCUGGCUCUGCCGCGGUUCUGCCCUUCCUGACCCACAGGGUUGGGGGCACACAGACGUUGGAAUAUUUGUACUCUUGCUCCUGUGCCAUUAGAGAGGCUGCCGCCCCAGGCAGGCCAGCCCCUCCUCCUCUCGGCUACACUCAUGUUGCUCAGACUAUAUUUCAAAUAAAAAAUCUUCUUACCACGCGG